AUGCCAAGAGAAGCACGUUUGAAAUGUGUUGGAUGCGAUAAAAGCAUUGAUUCUGAUCGGAAGCAACUUGCUGGUGGUGGAUUAUGGAGGCUUUUCAUGUCAGCACGAUCAUUGAAACGUGUUCAUAACGAUGAUCCAGGAUGUCUUGACUGUCGUAUGAAAUACUUGAAUUGGUUGAAGAAAGUUGAAGAAGAUUUCGAUCAUUUAAAAGAACGGGAUGUUAAUCAAGAUGAAAAUUCUGAUAAUGCUAUGGAAACUGAUGUUGAUGGUGGUAAUAAAAGCGAUAAGGGUAAUAUAACUGAACAACACGUGAAAGGAGACACAUCUGAAAUUGCUAUUCGUGUGCCACGUUGUACGAAGUCUCAUCGAACUUGUAUUGUAUGUGGAUUAAGUGACGAAACUUGUAAAGUAUUAUCGAAACAACAACGUACAUUAAUCUUUGUAAAACGUGGGAUCUUUAUUCCUGAAGAUGCUCGAUGUUGUUCGUCGCACAUAUAUAACAAACAAUUGAGUUUCGAUUCUUUGUGUCAAAUUCGUGUUACCAAUUUUGAUAAAUUGGUUUUCGAUGCAAAUCGUUUGGAAGAAAUCAUUGCUGACUUUCGCUUGAUUGUUGACAAUCUAAAAACGUUUGAUUUUGACGAUCCGUACUCAUUGAGUGAUAUGGACUAUUACAAUAUUACUGGAUUGCAUAAAGGUAUUAUUAAAAAAUGA